UUUGAUUAUAGUGGCCGGUGAUAUCCCUGCCAUCUCCAUGGUGAUGGCUAUGAAAGGUCAUAAUGGUUUCUCCCCAUGCCGGAUGUGCAAGAUCACUGGUUUGCGACCCCCUGAUACCCGAGGCACUACCCAUUAUAUUCCUCUUCAUCGAGCUCGCCAUCCAGACAUUGCUGCCAAUCCUACAGCAGUGAAAUGUUACGACUCAGCAAAUCUCCCUAUGCGUACACAUCAAGAGUUCCUUCAACAAGGGCAAAAGGUCCAGCAAGCCAGGAAUGAUGCCGAGUUUGAGAGGCUGUCACGUGAAUGUGGCAUCAAAGGUGUGCCUGUUAUAAGCACCCUUGCAUCCAUUUCACUUCCUUGGUCCUUCCCUUAUGAUUUUAUGCACCUCAUUUUCGAGAACAUGAUCCCCAAUCUUGUUUUGCUCUGGACCGGCGACUUCAAAGGUCUUGACUGUGGCAGGGAGCAGUACCAAUUGCAGCCAUCGGUCUGGGAUGCCAUUGGUGCUGCAACUGCAGCAUCUGGCCCAUCUUUGCCAUAUGCCUUCUGCAGUCGGCCUGUCAACGUCGCAAACCACGAGAAGCACCGUAUGACUGCGGACUCAUGGUCAUUCUGGUUCCAAUACAUCGCACCUGUUGUCCUCGAGUCACGCUUUUCCCACCCAAAAUUCUACAAACAUUUUGUCGACUUUGUCAAGCUUGUUCGCCUCUGCCUCAAAUUCGAUCUCACUCAGCAGGAUAUCAGUGACAUCCGCCUUGGAUUUCAGAGCUGGGUCAGCAAGUAUGAGGAGGUGGUGACACUAUACUAUGAGACCUAUAUUGACUUAUAUGCACGCCGGAAGGCAAAACGGCCAGCGCUUGUGGCCAAGACAUUCUUUGGUCAGCUUCAACACAUCUUUGUUGUGCGCUUACCUCUGGAUGAGCGACUCGGCAUCCCGGAUGGCAAAGUCCACAUCAUUGUUGCUAUCGAACCCUGCAAGAUUACCCGCACAAACCCUUCCCUCGACAUUCACUGGUACAAGACUUUUGAACGUGUUAUCUAUCUUGAUGUCAUAUGCAUUCAGUGCCUUGUUGGUCGAGUACGGGCACCGGACGGAGGAUGGGGAAUAGUAGACCGAAGCGGGGAUCUUGCCCGCGCAAUAUAUGCAAUCGAAGAUUAA